UGGGAUUUGGGGCUUCCCAGUAGGAUUUGGGCAUUCCCAGGUGGGAUUUGGGGUCAUUCCACAUCCCCCUUUUCCCAGGCUUUGCUGCUCCGGGCGCUGGAGGUGGAGACGAGGAGGAAGAGGGAGGAGGAGAAGGUGGAGAGGAGGCUGAAGGUCCACGAGGAGCCACCCACCGAGGAGUCGAAGCUGCAGGAGCAGCUGGAGGGACUCCUGGAGGAGGAGGAGGAGGAGGAGGAGGAGGAGGAGGAAGAGCAGGAAGGGGAAGGGAAGGAGGAGCCCCCGAAAAAACGGGAACAGCCCGGAAAGAAAACGGAGAAACAGCGACGGAAGGAGAAGGAGGAGAAGGAGAAGAGGCAGCUCCGGGUGCGUUCCCGUUUGGCCGCCGUGCGGCUCCAGGGGCUGUUCCGGCUGCGGAGCCUCCGGAGGUUCCUGAGGCAGCGCCAGGAACGGGAACGGGAACGGAAACGGCUCCGGGAGCAAAACAGGAGGAGGAAAGAGUGGGAACCAUGGAGACUCGGCAGGGUCAGGUACGAGGACUCCGGGCCCGAGGUGCAGCUGAGCGAGGAACUCCCCGAGUCCCUGAGGAGCCUCCGGCCUGAAGGGCACCUGCUCCGGGAUCGCUUCAAGAGCCUCCAGAGGAGGAACCUCAUCGAGCCCCGGGAAAGGGCCAAAUUCAAGAGGAGGUACCGGGUGAAAUACGUGGAGAAAAGGGCCUUCCGGGCAGUCACGGUGUGAGCAGAGACCCCCCAAUAAAGGGCCUGGACCAGCA